AUGGCCACAGCCCAGGGACUACCUGGAGCCAUCGAACUCUUCCUGAAGCUGGAAGAGGCAAUGAAUGGACUCUUCCCUAGAGCUAUCAAAGGUAGUACACUCCCCUUUGACACCUUGCUUCCUGACUCCCAGCCUUCAGAUCUGUGUUUCAAAAUUCCUCUCCUGGGGCUGACAGAGGAUCCAGAGCUGCAGCUCCUCAUCUUUAGCCUGUUCCUGACCCUGUACCUGGUCACUGUCCUUGGAAACCUGCUCAUCGUCCUGGCUGUCAGCUCUGACUCCCACCUGCACUCUCCCAUGUACUUCUCUCUCUCCAAUCUGUCCUUUACUGACAUCUGGGUAAACACAAUCACCAUCCCAAAGAUGCUGGUGAACAUCCACACACAGAAUCAGAGCAUCACUUACACAGGCUGCCUCAGCCAUGUUUACUUUUUCAUCAUUUUUACUGAUUUGGAACAUUUUCUUCUUCCAGCAAUGGCCUAUGACCAUUAUGUAGCCAUUUGUCACCCUCUGAGGUACACGUUCAGCAUGAACCGCUGUUUCUGUGGUCUGCUGAUUGUACUUUCCUUGUCCAUUAGUAUGGUGAAUGCCCUGCUCCACAGUCUGAUGGUUUUGCAGCUUUCCUUCUGCAUAGACCUGGAAACCCUUCACUUCUUCUGUGAACUUGCUCAGGUCCUCAAGCUCGCCUGUUCUAGCACCCUCAUCAACAACAUCUUGAUAUAUUUGGCGGCUUGCGUAUUGGCUGGAAUUCCUCUCUCUGGGAUCAUAUACUCUUACACUCAGAUUAUCUCCUCUGUUUUGAGAAUAUCAUCAGUUGGUGGCAAGUAUAAUGCUUUUUCCACCUGUGGGUCUCACCUCUCAGUUGUUUCUUUAUUCUAUGGGACAAGCUUGGGUGUGUACAUCUGUUCUGAAUCUACACCUUCUUCCAAGAAGACAGAAAUAGCCUCAGUGAUGUACAUUGUGGUCCCUCAAAUGAUGAAUCCUUUUAUCUACAGCCUGAGGAACAGAGACAUACAGCUAAGCUUGAGAAAAAUCAUUGGCAGGAAACCUUCUUUUUAG